AUUCGAUAUGGCCACCACGGAAUAUGCCUCCUUGUGACACAAGCUUAGUUUUUACUAUAGUUUUCAUACUUAAAGCAGCAAUCUUAAGCAAAAGAAGUGCCUAGGCCCUCCGCACCAUGACAAUUGAAUACAGUUGUAUAUCAAGGGGUGCUACAAUCCUUUGUAGUCACCAGAUUGGGGCUGGGGACUUCGAGAAUGUGGCAGAAGACAUGCUAAGAAAUGUGCCAACAAGGACUGACAAUAAGGUCACAUACCAGGGUCACAACAAUUAUGCAUUCCACUGUGUAGUAGAAAAUGGUAUCAUAUAUAUGUGUGUAUCUGCAGCCAGCUUUGGAAAAAGGCAGCCCUAUGCCUUUCUCACAGAGAUCAAGAGAAUGUUCCAGUCAGGCAGUCUGGCCAGCAGAGCUAUCACUGCCUUGCCAUUUGAACUUAACAGAGACUUUGCCCAAGUCCUGGCUCAGAAUAUGGAGAAAUUUUCAAGCAGUUCUGGUGGUGAUAAUAUGUCAGCCGUACAAAAACAAGUGAAUGAAGUCAAGGGCAUUAUGACACAGAACAUUGAGAAAGUGUUGGAGAGAGGAGAAAAACUGGACACAUUGGUGGAGAGGAGUGAGGAAUUGGAAGGCACUUCAAAGAUGUUUUCCACAACUGCCAGGAAGGUCAGGAAGAAAUAUUGGUGGAAAAACACCAAAAUGACAAUAUGCCUAGUGUGCACUGUGAUCAUUGUCAUAAUAGUACUGACAUUGAUUAUCUUGUUUUCCACGGGGGUUCUCCCACCUAAAUCCAGUGAUUCUGGCUCGACCACAGCUACGACACCGACUACAGCACAGCCAGGAGUGAGGCGUUUACUGCAAGUUCUGUACGAGUCCCAGUAGGCUAAAAUGUCUGAUUUGUGAUGCCACUAUUUUUUUUUAAUUGGAAAUUGAUUUCUUUUGGCAUUUGUAAAAAGCUUUGAGAGACCAUGCUAUUUAGCAGAGGGUGGAACAAUAGGGGGUUCUUUUGGGCUGAUAUAUUUAAAUAAACUUCAAAUCCAUAUCCAGAUUGAGAUGAAUUAGUGAGAGCAGAUUUACAUGUAGCAAGGCAUGGGGUGAUCUAAGAAUCAAGCCAUAAUUUUGCUUUCUCAACACAACAGAUUUCAGAUCGCCAGGAUUAGCUGGUAUGAAGUACUUUUGAGUGUUUGCAGGACAAUUUUUCAUAAGUUUGUCCCAAGCAUGAAAUGUUGUCAUUUUUCUUCCUCACUGUGAAUUUUCAUAUUUUAAAAAUGCAUUCCUACAUCACUCCAGGCAGGGAGCAAAAAUGGCAAGAUAUUAAGGAAUUUUCAAGAGAAAGUUGGAGAAUUGCUUUUGAAAAUAAGUUAGUUUCUAUUUUUUGGAAAAAAAUUAUGUCAAUUAAAUUUUCUAUUUAAUGUAUUCCAGAGUAAUUUUUAUUAAAAACGAUCAUAUAAUAUUUUGUAUACGGUGCUUUAAAAUAGUUUUGAUGGGGAAAGCAGGUUUUAAGAAGUGUUUGAUUUCAUUUACAACGUGCUGUAAAUUAGUUGUGCUGAUGUAACACAAGUCAGUUUUUCAUUAUCCAUUAUCCUAGAAAGAUAAAAAAACAUUUUAUUACUACAAAAAUGCAAAGCAUCAUCGUUACCAUAGUGAUAUGUUUUUCAAUAGUUGCAUAAUUAUGUAGACAAUUAAAUUUGAUAACAUUAGUAUGCUUAUCUAAGGAUCCUGAACACUUGUUGUUAUCAUAAAAGGGUUUCCUAAAAUAGGAUCAAAGCUAAAGAAGUAAAAAAAAAAUAUUGUAAUCUAGGAUGUAUAUCCAUGUAAAAAUGUUUAUAGUGUAAUUAGAAAACAUUCUCAUUUUUUGCUAGAAAACUAAUUUUACCAACAUGUAAGAAUGCCAAUAAAUAAUUUGAUUUUAAA